AACGAGUCAGUUGUGUCAGUGAAAUACGACUUAGCAAUAAAGAAGGAGCGAAUGGAAACAAAUGCUUCGGAGAAAUCCACUUGUCCUUUACGAAAACUGCCCCUCCUUCCGCACUCUUCCCGGCUGCGGUCUGGCUCGAACUUAAAUCAAGACAGCGCGACUGGAGGGGUGAAAAGUAGGAAGCGACCAUUCCGCCCAUGAAGUAAUUCCGCAUCCUAUCAACUUCAGAUUGAUAGAAGAUUUGUUUUAUGCGUCAGUUUAAGGGAAACAGAAGCGUAUUGUCCCAAGAGCAGAUUUGCUUUGCAUGGGCACUAUUUAAAAAGUAAAUCUGAUCAUCGACAAUCUGACGCUGAGAUACUGUGUCAAAUGGUUCAGAACAACAUGUUAAAGACUCCCUCAACUUCUCAAGAAAUCCACAUGGACACGCUUGAAAACCCGGGGCUACAGUCUCGUGGAAAAGGAGCACGGAGAAAAGGCAGGUUUAAAGGGUCAGACGGCAGCACCUCAUCGGACACCACGUCUAACAGCUUUGUACGACAGGGUUCGGCGGACUCCUACACCAGCCGUCCAUCAGACUCAGAUGUUUCUCUGGAGGAGGAUAAGGAGGCCGUGCGCAGAGAGGCAGAGAGACAGGCCCAGGCGCAGCUCGAGAAGGCCAAGACUAAACCGGUCGCAUUUGCCGUUCGCACAAAUGUCAGCUACAGCGCCACUCACGACGAUGACGUCCCUGUGCCAGGCAUGGCUAUUUCCUUUGAAGCUAAAGACUUCCUUCAUGUCAAGGAGAAAUUUAAUAAUGACUGGUGGAUAGGGCGGCUGGUGAAGGAAGGCUGUGAAAUCGGCUUCAUUCCCAGCCCUGUGAAGCUAGAAAACACACGCAUCCACCAGGAGCAGCGAGCCAAGCAGGGCAAGUUCCACUCCAGUAAAUCUGGAGCAAAUUCAUCCACCAGUUUAGGUGAAGUGGUUCCUAAUUCAAGGAAAUCAACUCCUCCUUCCUCUGCGAUUGAUAUAGAUGCCACUGGUUUAGACCCUGAGGACAAUGAGCUUCCGGUCAACCACCGCUCCCCUAAAGCCAGCCCAAACACUGUCAUGUCUCCCGUAGCAAAAGAGAAACGAAUGCCCUUCUUUAAGAAGACGGAACAUAUUCCCCCAUAUGACGUUGUGCCUUCCAUGAGACCUGUGGUUCUGGUGGGGCCCUCACUGAAGGGCUACGAGGUGACAGACAUGAUGCAGAAAGCGCUCUUUGACUUCUUGAAACACAGAUUUGAAGGGAGAAUAUCGAUCACGCGGGUCACAGCCGACAUCUCACUUGCCAAACGCUCAGUAUUGAACAACCCCAGUAAACACGCCAUCAUCGAGCGCUCCAACACACGCUCCAAUCUGGCGGAAGUCCAGAGUGAAAUCGAGCGGAUAUUUGAGUUGGCGCGGACCCUACAGCUUGUGGUGCUGGACGCCGACACCAUCAAUCACCCGGCCCAGCUGGGGAAGACCUCCUUGGCGCCCAUCAUCGUCUACGUGAAGAUCUCAUCUCCCAAGGUCUUACAGAGGUUGAUAAAGUCGAGAGGGAAGUCCCAGGCCAAGCACUUAAAUGUCCAGAUGGUAGCGGCCGACAAACUGGCACAGUGCCCUCCCGAAAUGUUUGACAUCAUCCUGGACGAGAACCAGCUGGAGGACGCGUGCGAGCACAUGGCCGACUACCUGGAGGCCUACUGGAAGUCCACCCACCCUGCCAGCUGCAACCCGCCCAACCCGCUGCUCGCCAAGCUGGCCACCGCCACCCUGCCCUCCAGCCCCGUGCCUGUCUCCAACCUGCAGGGCGAGCAGAAAGGGGAGAAGCCAGCGGGAGAGAGGAAGGGUUCGCGGGACGACCAUCAGCACCACCAUCACCAUCAGCACACGGUGGAGCAGCUGGAAGGCGAGGGCGAGGGCGAGGCGGAGGAGGAGAGGCCCCUCCGGACUGAGCCCAAGAGACACCAGCACACACACCACCGCUCCUCCUCCACCAGGACUGAGCACCACCACCACCACCACCACAGCAAGAGCAAGGGCCUGUCCCGGCAGGAGACCAUGGACACGGAGACGCCCGAGAGCAGGGACUCAGCCUACAUCGAGCCCCGCGAGGACCUGCUGGAGGAGGAGGAGGAUGAGGAGGCGCCGGUGGUCGGGGGCGGCGGGCGGCAGCGCUACGAAGGGGCACCGCACCGGGAGCACAACCACCACCACCACCAUCACCACCACCGCAGCGGGGGCGGGGAGGAGCUGCACGGGGGCCACCGCUCCAAGGAGCGCGAGCAGGACCACAACGAGCGCAACAAGCAGCGGGGCCACCACCACCACUGGCCGUCCCGCGAGCACCACCACCACUACGACAGGGACAGGGACCGGGACCGGGACAGGGACCGGGACGGGGAGGUGGCCCCCAAGAAGCGGGGCGACGCGGGCGAGUGGAACAGGGACGCCUACAUUCACCAGUGACCGCGGCUCAUGCCCGCGCCGCCGCUGCUGGGCGCACUGUACAGAAACCACCCUGCCCCCAAACCCCCCUCCAUCCCUCGCACGUCCCUGUCGUCAUGCUGCUCCGCCCCCCAACUCAGCCUGGGCCUGCUCUCCCAUAACUCCCCUGGACGCGUUACCUGGUUACGCUUCUGAGGCAGCUUAACAGCUGUUGCUGCCUCAGCAAUGGCGUUAUUUUUAGAGGAUACAACAUGUAUGUGUAUUCAUACAUAGAUGUUA